GGGAGGCACCGCUGCUGAACUGCUGACCUCCGUCCCCUGCUCCUCUCCCCCCAAGCUGGCUUCUGAUGGAACUGCCAAGAUGUUUGUGUCCAAACUGCUGGAUUUUCAGAAGACCAGAUAUGCCAGGUUCAUGAACCACCGGGUUCCAUCCAACUGCAGGUACCAGCCGACGGAGUAUGAGCACGCCGCCAAUUGUGCCACACAUGCUUUAUGGAUUAUCCCAAGCAUUCUGGGAAGUUCUAUGCUCCAUGUGCUGUCUGACAACCAGUGGGAGACCAUUUCAGCGUGGAUCUAUGGCUUUGGUCUGACAGGACUGUUCAUCGUUUCCACCAUCUUUCAUACCAUUUCGUGGAAGAAGAGGCACUUAAGGGUGGUGGAACAUUGCUUACAUAUGUUCGAUAGAAUGGUAAUCUACUUUUUUAUAGCCGCGUCCUAUGCCCCUUGGCUGAACCUACGGGAGUUGGGCCCCUGGGCUUCCCACAUGCGCUGGCUCAUUUGGAUCAUGGCCUCCGUUGGGACCAUCUAUGUUUUCUUUUUCCAUGAGCGGUACAAACUGGUGGAACUGGUGUGCUACGUAAUCAUGGGCUUUUUCCCUGCGGUGGUCGUUCUUUCCAUGCCCAACACAGAUGGCCUCUCAGAACUGAUGGCUGGCGGGGUCUUCUACUGCCUAGGCACCGUCUUCUUCAAGAGUGAUGGACGAAUCCCCUUUGCUCAUGCCAUCUGGCACCUAUUUGUGGCAACUGGAGCUGGUAUCCAUUAUUAUGCCAUUUGGAGGUACCUCUAUCGGCCUGACACUCUUGAGGGUAAAACCUCCCGGUAGACAAAUGCCUUAAGGAUUCAAAAACACAGGGUCGGGAUCACACAGUCAUGUCUCCUUGUUCAAAGGGGAAGACCGUUCCCAUUCUGCACGGUCCUCAGAUGGAGAGACAGUAGUCUCACGUGGCCAAUCUUGCAAAAGCUUGGUUUUGAGAUUUCUUUUAAUCUAGAAAAGAACCAUAACAGUGUUUCUUUUUAGCCAACAGUUUUGAAUUGGACAAGCAACAGACCUUAAUGAUGAAAGGGAAUUAAUGGUCGACCUUUUUCUGGUGAAGCUUAGAGUAUAUAUAGCAUUGUUCUUGGGGGCAUAAGAAUUAAUUGGCGUGGACACAAAGUAAGCCAUCUCUAUUCUGGCAGGAACACCCAUUUGGCAGAAGUCCUUGGGGCUGGGCUGCCAGACUUUAAUGCAGGAGGCGGAUGAAAGAGUACUGUGUCAGGCUUGGCUGUGAUAUCAUUUCCCCAGCAAUCUUGUCCUUUUCUUCAAAGUUUCUGCCACCUCUCUUAUGAUACCAUUGGCUGAAACGCUCUGAAGUCCUACAGGUGUUUUAUAAGUUCAAGGAGUUGCUCAGUCCCUCUGUCUGCCAUUGGUUUAAUUCCAAAUCAAAAAUGUCUAAGCUAGCUUUCUGUCUUCCCAACGUGCUUGUGUUCUGAGGGAACUCCUUUUGUAACCUGAGCUCCCCUUUGUGGUCUGACAUGAUACAGCCCAGACACAAGUUCACUAACCUGCUCUGUUGGGAACAUUCGGCUUUAAUUUUCACCAGAAAAAUCCAUUAGAGUCCACAUGGCCACAAUGCAAAAUCUGAAAUGAAAUGAAACGCUUCUAUAAAAUACUGGGGAUGUAGGUAGGACUUAUCUUGCAUAGACUGACAUUGGAAGACUUAGGGCUUAGAUUUGCAGGUGUCACUAGCAGCAUUUCUACCAGCAAGGUUAGGAAUGGUAUAAAUCAGACAGCAUCCCAGAACAACUGUCCGGUGCUUCCCCGUAUUUUAUGCACUGCCACUAUUUUGUUCACGCGACCAUUCGUCCAGAUGUGAGAAGGAAAUGUUGGCUGAGUGAAGGAAAAAACUGACACAAUGCACUCCAAUGCACUUUAGCGCUGUUCACAGAACUGUAAUGCACUUUGAACCAGGCCAUGAACACUUCAGGGUAAUACGUGAACUGCUAUGGAAUCCGGAAGGGGGCCUGUGACCCUCCUCCAUCACAAAGAAUGGAGACCAUCCGAGGUUCGUCCCAGCCAAUUAAGAUUGCUGCACUCCCCAUCUGGCAUUGCACGUGGAUUUGGAAUGGAACAAAAGGACAGAUUUAGUUUUCAAUUCAAACACAUCUCAGUUCGUGACAAGCAGACGAGGGGAAAGCACUGUUGGUCUUGUGAGUGAAUGGAUCUGAUUACUGUCACGUUCAUUGGAGAUUCCAACGAAGCCUUACGUGUUACAGAAACUUGAAUCUACUCCAGAACCCUCCAGAAUUGGAGUGCUCUGGAAAUCCUUCUCUUUCUUUCUUUUUGAAGCCACUGUUCGGCAGCCUACUGUGUACAUUCCAUGUAGAAAGGUGCCUGGAGCCCCAUAAGGCCGAUGUUUUGGUAUAGCAGUGCACUUCACUUGCGUUUUUACACUCCAUCUCAGCUGUAGUUCCAAAAAACAAACAAACACCACAUCCCAAGAGACUGGGUCUCUUAUACUUUUCCUCAGAUAAAAGGAAAGGGACAGUUUCAUUUCUGACAGGAAUACGGACUAGUUCAAAUGUUUGCACAGCAGUAGGACGUACCAAAAAUAAUUUUUCCAUGGUUACACCUUCCUCAAUUCUGGACCAGUCCAAGAUGUAAUCCUGGGGAGAGAACAACGUAAGCCAAUAAGGAGAAAAGCGGAGUAUAAAUGAAGGAAAUAAAUACAAUCUCAUCCCCAAACAAAUGCACAGCGAAAUCUUUCCAGCAUGAGCUGGAUAAUUCCGUAGUUGCGCACUUACUUUGCACACGUUAGAUUCAGGGUUCAGUUUCUGCCCCCUCCAGUUCCAGGCGACCCCAAUCUAGACAGGCCUUGUAUCGAAAGUGAGACAGGCUUUCUUGCCAGCGAGUGUGGAGCUACCAUGAAAGAGAGGCUGCUGCACAUACAGCUUCCAGCUAUGUUUGUAAUAGGCUUGGGGGUGCUCUUGAAAUUUCCUGCUCUAGCACCAAGAUGACACUGUGGGUCAGGUUAAGCACUGCCUGAAUGGAGUGGAAGCUUUUGCAGUGCUCCAGUUGUGUAGCAGCUGGAAUAGCCCAGACCAGCCCAAGCUGGACAGAGCUCAGAACUGUAGAAUCACAGAGUUGGAAGAGACCAGAAGGGCCAUCCAGUCCAACCCCCUGCCUUGCGGUAACACACAACGACCGUAGAAUGCACUAUCGCAGAGUGUGGUAGAGCCUUCUUCUCUGGAGGUUUUUAAAGAGAAGCUGGAUGGCCAUCUGUCAGGAGUGCUUUGAUUGUGUGUUCCUGCAUUGCAGGGGGUUGGCAUUGAUGUCCCAUGGAGUCUCUUCCAACUCUAUGAUUCUAUGAUCAUCCAGCCUCUGUUUAAAACAUCCAAAGAAGGAGACUCCACACUCCUGAGGGGCAGCAUAUUCCAGACCUUGCACUUCUGCUUUUCCAGUUUGGCUAUUAAACACCAUUUCAUAUGGAUCAGAAAUCCAGGGGUGAUCAGAAAUCCAGAAAUGCUCAGUGCUCAUCUUUACCUAAUUUGCCACAGCCUCUCAAACUCCACCUGUUGACAACAGGUCACACCUAGGCGAUGAUGAUACUUUGGGACUUCCCUGACACCACAGCAAAAAGAACAGAGGAAAACAUAGACUGUGACAAAAGGUGGACAAGUAGAAGUCCAUCCCUUCAGUACUCCAAUGCAACUGUACUGAAGGCAGGGGAUGAAAAAGAAAGGGGGGGGGGCUUUUUUGGUGUUGUGGAGGCAUUCAGCCAUCAAUCCAUUCUGUUCAUGUCUAGUUUGGGUUUGCUUUCUCAUCACUGCGCAUAAAGAAUGGAGUUUACUCUUACCCCGUGCUCCUCCACAAGACCUCUCGUUUAAAAAAGUAUGAACUAAUAUUGCACAUCUUUAAAAUUAACAGUAUUUCAGAUGUAGACACUCUGUGUAUCACACAGGACUAUGAAAUAUGUGAAUCGUGUUACAGUCAGCAAAUCUUUCUACAUCUCAUGAAACUUCUCGGUUUUUCAGAGAAAGAAACGUGGUUUUUUUCUAUAUUAUUUUGAUAACUGCGCACACCUCUGUGUUCUUUGCUUCGGGCCAAGAGGUUGGGGGUGGAGAAGCCGUUGCCAAUGGCUGUCAUUGUGGGAACUGCUGGCUGGGAUGAUCCCUGAUUACCAAGGUCACGCAUCACAAUUGUACAUAUGAAUGUGUAUCUGAGGAAUUCUAGUGCGAACUGACUUUCACUGAGACCGGCUCUACAUGUGGAGCAGAGUGCGGUACCAGAGGCUUGAGGUAAUAACACGAACUGUACCACUUCACUUUUCAGAAUGCCUAAAACAAAACAACAACCCCUGUAAGUGGAAAGCUAGCCAGACAGGGAGAGGUGUGAAACUUUACCAUUGAGGUGUUAGCUUUCAUCUUGCAAAGAGCUUUUUUGUUCAGGGGAAUGUUUUGAAAAAUGGUAUCUUCAGCUACCGUAUUUAUCAAAGAGGUACAGUCCUCAGUCACCUAUUGCUGCUAUGUGUAGGCCACAUCUUAGUGGGACGUUUCUUUUUAAUCAUGCAGUCUACAGAUCAUGCAAGAGGAAAGGAGUAUUUCAGCUAUUUGGGACAUGUAUUGACAUAUGUUAGAUCAGAAGAACAUCCCACAGAGUGCAGUAGGGCUUAAUUCCACCCAAAUAUUCUUAAAACAGUUGUGGCCUAUCGUUCGAUGGACGAUCUCUCCUGCUUCUGACUUCAAAAUUCUCCCUCGUGUUAUAAUGGGACCCUGGCAUUUGAGUUUCCAAAAAUCUCAACAUUUGGCUAUAUUAAGAUAUUUCGAUGCUUUUUAACAUCUUUCUGCUAUAUAAUCGGGGUGAGGACUGGGUCAUUCUGAUUGUACUAACGUUUUCUACUAAACUUUUCACCAAAUUUGUAUCUCUAGACGAAUGUUUGUGAAUUACUCUUUUCUUAGCAAUUUCAAACGAGGAAAUGUCCUGUAUUUUGCACCACUGGCUGUUGUUAAAAUGUUUUAUAUUUAACAGUGUUAUUUAAUACAAAAUGACAAUUAAAAAAAUCAUGUUAGUGAA